AUGGCUUCCACAAGCAACGCUGUCAGGGUAUUCUUCAUCCUGACAGUCGUAUACGUGGUGUGCGCAGCAAAGAGGACCGGAUCAACGAAGAGCGACGCGGCGCCAGAAGGCGCCCCCAAGGCGACGGGAGCCGGCGGGACGUUCGACAUUAGCAAGCUCGGCGCGACCAGCGACGGCAAAACGGACUCCACAAAGGCGAUUCAGGAGGCGUGGACGUCGGCGUGCGGGGCGACGGGGAGCCCGACGGUGCUCAUCCCCAAGGGCGGGUACCUGGUCGGGCCUCUCAACUUCAGCGGGCCGUGCAAGGGCGACGUCACCGUCCAACUCGACGGCACCCUGAUGGGGUCUAACGACCUGUCCAAGUACAAGUCGAGUUGGAUCGAGGUAACGCGCGUCAACAACAUUGUCAUCACCGGCUCCGGCACGCUCGACGGCCAGGGCACCGGAGUUUAUACCAAGGACUGCAAUAAGGCGAUGCCCAACACCCUGGUGCUCUACUACGUGAACAACGGUUCUGUCUCCGGCAUCACGCUACUCAAUUCAAAGUUCUUCCACAUCAACAUCGACAAGUGCAAGGACAUCACCGUCAAGGAGGUGACCAUCACCGCGCCUGGGGACGCCGAAAACACGGACGGCGUCCACGUUGGUGACUCCUCCAAGGUGAGCAUCACCAACGCGACCAUCGGCACUGGCGAUGACUGUGUCUCCGUGGGGCCAGGCAGCGCCGGCGUCAUGGUCAGCGGGGUGACCUGCGGCCCCGGGCAGGGCAUCAGCGUGGGCUGCCUCGGGCGGUACAAGGACGAGAAGGACGUGACCGACGUCACGGUGCGGGACUGCGUGCUCAGGAACACGACCAACGGCGUGCGCAUCAAGUCGUACGAGGACGCAGAGUCGGUGAUCACGGCGUCGAGGCUGACCUUCGAGAACAUCAAGAUGGAGGAGGUGGCCAACCCCAUCAUCAUCGACCAGUACUACUGCCCCGAGAAGGUGUGCCCCGGCAACAGGAGCAGCACCUCCCACGUCGCCGUCAAGGACGUCACGUUCCGCAACAUCACCGGCACGUCGUCCACGCCCGAGGCCGUCACCCUGAUCUGCUCGGACAAGCAGCCUUGCAGCGGGGUCCAGCUCAUCGACGUCAACGUGGAGUAUGCCGGCAAGAACAACAAGACCAUGGCAGUGUGCACCAACGCCAAGGGCACCGCCAGGGGAAGUCUCGAGGCCCUGGGUUGCCUGCUCUGA